AUGCACAAAUCAUAAAGAAUGCCAUAAUGGUGCUGUUUGCGAAGAAAGAGAAGGGGUUGACAAAUAUUGUUCUUGUGAGUAUGGAACGAGCGGAGAUUUCUGUGACAUCAUCCAAGAGUGUGUCGACAAUCCUAACCUGUGCGGUGAUGCGGGAUGCGGAUACAAUACUCGACUUCGACGUGCAUUCUGUUAUUGCGACGACAUCAACCAAAGGUUCGACUGGUCAUCGAAAAGCUGCGUUAAUCGAACUGAAUGCAAUAAUAACGAAGAGUGCAGCACCAUUCAUGGCGCAUGCGCUGAUCGUUGCCAAUCAUGGGAACAAUGUAAUUACACAGACACUGAAGACAAACGGACUUGCCACUGUGUAGAAGGGACCAGUGGUCAAAAUUGUGAAGUUAUCGACGACUGUUUCAACAAAAUUGUUGAUUGUGGAACAGGAGAUAACGUAGUCUGCAAAUAUUUCUACAACAUUGGAGUUGGAGGACAUGCGUAUUGCGAAUGUACAAAAAGUGGCCAAAAGUUCGAUGAAAUCAGUAAAAGUUGCAAAGGUAAAUCAAACAGAUUUAAUAAAGAUA